UAUCUCUAUCACGAGAAGAACUCUGUUUUCUCAAUCUCACGUCACAUCGGAUCUUACGAACACAUAAAAAAACUAUUCAUUUUCUGGGUUAAUAUUAUUAAAUGGGAGCAAUAGAGAUGGAUCCAAAGGUGAAUGAUCUCUCUCAAAUCCUUCCUCGUGUCCUCGUCGUCUCUAGACGCACCGUUCGUAAAAACAAAUUCGUCGAUUUCGUUGGUGAAUACCAUCUUGAUUUGAUAGUACGUUAUGGAUGUGUGCCAGUGAUUGUACCACGAGUCACUGGUGUUCACAUGUUGCUUGAGAGCUUUAAACCAAUACAUGGUGUGCUUCUUUGUGAAGGAGAAGAUAUUGAUCCUUCUCUUUAUGAAUCUGAGAUAUCUUCUCUUUCACCAGAAGAGCUUCAAGAGAUUAGGGAAACACAUGCGAGUGAUACAGCUAUUGAUAAAGAGAAAGAUUCUAUUGAGUUGGGUCUUGCUAAGCUUUGUCUUGAACAGAACAUUCCUUACUUAGGAAUCUGCAGAGGCUCACAAAUUUUGAAUGUUGCUUGUGGUGGGACUCUUUAUCUAGACUUAGAGAAAGAGUUAACGAAUAAGUUACCGGAAGAACGUAGAACGAAGCAUAUUGAUUAUGAUAACUAUGAUGGGCAUAGACAUGUUGUGAGGAUUGUUGAGAACAGUCCACUUCAUUCUUGGUUUAAAGAUUCGUUGGAUGGUGAAAACAUGGAGAUUUUGGUUAAUAGUUAUCACCAUCAAGGUGUUAAGAGAUUGGCUCAGAGGUUUGUGCCAAUGGCGUUUGCUUCUGAUGGAUUGAUGGAAGGUUUUUAUGAUCCUGAUGCUUACAAUCCUGAAGAAGGGAAGUUCAUAAUGGGUUUGCAGUUUCAUCCUGAGAGAAUGAGACAUCAUGAUCUUGAUGAUCAGUUUGAUUAUCCUGGUUGUCCUGCUGCAUAUCAGGAAUUUGCAAAGGCUGUGAUUGCGUAUCAGAAGAAGCUGAACAGUUCAUUGUCGGUUCCAAAGACAUUGAAGCUUGAUAAAGAAAUGGAGAACAAAAGAAAGAUGCUUGUUCGUAGUUUCUCACUUGCAAAGUAUAUGUAUGUUAGAGGAGCACCUGGUAAGAACCCAUCAAAAGAAUCAGAACUCGAAGUUGGAGCUGAGUUUCUUGAGUCAAACACUGCACUAAGCGCGGAGCAAGAGAUGAGGCUGAAGGAGAUGGGAGCAACGGUGAGGAACGGAGGAUCAUAUAUGAAAAAGUUGAAAGUAGACGAGGACAAACAGAGGAUGGCGAGGAACAUGAUGAACAAGAUGAACGUUGAGCAACUCUCAGAGCUUAUGGCAUUUUAUCAUUUGAUGGGUAACAUUUGUGGAGAAGUUUUGGAACGAAAGCUUCAUGACAAUGUCAAUGAAUGCUUGAAGGAUCUGUGAGUUUCACAUGAAAACUCAUGCGGAAGGAUGCUUUAGGAAAACAAAAGCAACUUUGUGAAUUUACUCUUUUUUUUUUUCAAUAUUUUUGGUCAAAAGAUGGAAAUGAAAUAGUAACGUACGUGUGUGUAUGAUCAAUUUAAUGAUAUGUAACAGUCAUACUCAUAGGUCACAUGAUAUUUGCCAAACAAAUUUUGUUUAUUGAGAUUACUUUUAUGGUUUGCUUUA